AUGGUCUCUCUUCAUUGCAUUAUCAUCGCACUUUUCACUCAAAAUAUCGCAUUAUGGACGUUUAACAUUCCGCUGGCUCUGCAAAAUGGCCAGUGUGCCAGAUUGGGAAGGUCUGGGUUACAAAGUGAGCGUUUAAGGCCGAGAUUCGGGGGGAUACCGAGGGAUUCCAUAGAUUAUACUAGAAAUGAGUUGUCCAUAAGUAGAAGGUUUGAAGAUGGACGGCAUUUGGCCACUUUGGGGGCUCCUAGAGUCACACACCAGAGGGGCAUUCCUCUGGGUUGUCUAAUUUCACCAAUUGAUUUUGCAAAGGGGUUAUUUGGUGGUAAGUCAGCAGACAAGAGAUCAGAAGCGUCGCUGGCCACUCGGACAGCUUCUCCUGUGAGCUACACCUGUGGCAUUGCUCUCCGCCUGUGGUCCAUUCCUGCUUCCCUGCGGGACGCCAUCUCGUCAUUUUAUGGCCGUUUGUCAUUGGUGCCUAGACUUUCUUUUGGUUCUCUACCUGAAAAUGGGAGCAGCUCAGUCUGUAGGUUCGCAGAGCAUCUCCCUGGAAGGAGGCUUCUCACUCGCCUUUUGGGUCCAUUCCACUCGUUAACUGGACGCUACAAGUUUAUGAAACAGCUGGAUUCCAUCAAAGUUUACAUUGCCGUUGACGGCUACGGUAGUCCCAUUGUCUCUGACUAUCCAGGGAUUUCCUACUCUCUCAACAAGGCUAGCGAUGGGUCGUCCAAGGGUCAAUGUAAUGGUGGUGGAUGCGCUACUGUUAGUCAAAAUAAUGACCCAUUAAAGUCCUCCAAGCCGCCAGAAUGCAGCAAUAAAACAUCAAAGUGCUCCUUUAGUGCCCUCUUCAAUAAAGAGCCAAAGAAGCCUACGGAUACCAUAACUGUGGAUUUGGAUGCCCAGGAGUUAUCCUCCAAAGUUUACCUUUACUUUGCCGAUAAAAGUGCCUGUGAAGCGCACGUGAAGGAGUUGAAAAGUCAGGGCACAGAUGCCAGCGUCAAAGAGGUCACCCUGGGCGAUUAUCUGCGCGGGUUCUGGAGGAGCAUAAAUGGACGCCCUGAAACCAGUUGGUUUGGAAGAUUGAGGGGAAAUAAAAAGGCCUCGAUGCACAUCCUUUUGCCCAUGCAAAGGGCACUUGUAAAGGCCACAGAAGAUGGGAGGAAGCCCUUUGAGGGAACUCCCGUUUUCACGGCGGAGCCGCCAAUUAUCUGCAUGGAAUCUGAUGCCUUUCCAGAGUGCAAGACUAGCUGUGGAGAAAGCAAGUCAGAAAAGUGCGCCAAAAGGUGUGCAAGGGCUGCAUGCAGUAACGUCAAGGUUGCACUAUUCACGGACCCCGACGAGUGUCUGGAAGUUUACAAGCAGAUAUGGUCAUCUGGGAAGCUUGAAAAGGUUGUAAAUGGUAAGAAGAUCUUUAUGAAGAUUCUUGGAGACGGGAAACGCAAUCCAGAGCUCAAGGCAGCCAGCCUGGAGGACCUCUACAAGGGAGUCUGCAAGGACAAGACCCUUUCAGGGCACAAGUUUCUGGUUAUAUAA